UUAGUUGUCAAUACACUAAGAAUGAUAUCGUCACGGAGCCGUUGCACCAUGGCUCUGUAUUCUCAAGUGGCGCUGGUGAUAUUAUUGUUUAACACGUUGACGAUUUGCAAAGCCUUUUAUCUGCCUGGCCUGGCCCCAGUGAACUACUGCAGGAAAUCGGAUGUGUCCAGUACAUGCAAGUCUGAUGUCAUUCUGUAUGUUAAUCGCUUAAAUACUGAGGAAUCGGUUUUACCUUAUGAAUACCAUCACUUCGAUUUCUGUCUGGGGAAAGAGGAAAAUUCUCCGGUAGAAAACUUAGGACAAGUAUUGUUUGGCGAGCGUAUACGCCCUGGUCCUUAUCAAAUACAGUUUUUGGAUGAUGUGGAAUGCAAAGUGGCAUGUCGCAAAAACUAUACCGGUGGUGAUGCGGACAGCGAUAGGCGAAUGAUGGUACUUAAAAAGGGUAUUAGUCUUAACUAUCAGCAUCAUUGGAUAGUGGAUAACAUGCCUGUUACCUGGUGUUAUCAGCUUGAGACGGGAAAGCAGUACUGCAGUAUUGGCUUCCCAAUGGGCUGUUUGGUUCGUCCAGAUGGCGACGGCUGUCCCAUCAACUUACUAUACAAGCGGACCUUGCACUACUAUCCUUUCAAUCACGUGGAUCUGGAAAUAACUUAUCACAGUGGCGCUCGCGAGGAUUGGGGUAUUGGCUUUGGUAGUAGUGGUCGCAUCAUAUCAGUUAAGGUCACUCCAAAGUCAUUGAGUCACGCUGAUCCCAACAAACCAAACUGUUUGGGCACAGAGCCUUUGGCCAUACCUGAAAGCUCCCUUAAGAAUGGUGUAUUUUUGGAAAUUGUUUAUACAUAUUCCGUGAAAUUUGUGCUGAAUAAUUCAGUGAAAUGGUCCUCGCGCUGGGAUUAUAUUUUAGAGUCGAUGCCGCAUACAAAUAUUCAAUGGUUUUCUAUACUCAACUCAUUAGUUAUUGUUCUCUUCCUGAGUGGUAUGGUGGCUAUGAUUAUGUUGCGCACUUUGCACAAGGAUAUAGCACGAUAUAAUCAAAUGGACAGUGGUGAGGACGCACAGGAGGAAUUCGGAUGGAAACUUGUGCACGGAGAUGUAUUCAGGCCACCACGUAAAGGAAUGCUCCUCUCCGUUUUCCUUGGCUCCGGUGUGCAGGUAUUGGCAAUGUCUAUGGUCACGUUGGCUUUUGCUUGCCUUGGUUUUUUGUCACCAGCAAAUCGUGGUGCUUUGAUGACUUGUUCUAUGGUGUUGUUCGUGUCGUUGGGAACACCAGCGGGAUACGUUUCAGCGAGAAUCUAUAAGAGUUUUGGCGGCGUAAAAUGGAAGAGCAACGUCAUACUCACGUCUCUUGUUUGUCCCGGAGUCGUUUUCUCGCUUUUCUUUGUGAUGAAUCUUGUCCUUUGGGGCGAGAGCAGCUCUGGAGCUGUGCCUUUCAGUACGCUGAUUGCCUUGUUGGCUUUGUGGUUUGGAGUCUCAGUGCCAUUGACCUUUGUUGGAGCCUACUUUGGUUUUCGCAAGCGAUCUCUUGAGCAUCCAGUGCGCACCAAUCAAAUUCCGCGUCAAAUUCCCGAUCAGUCAAUCUACACGCAGCCUAUUCCUGGUAUAGUAAUGGGUGGAGUUUUGCCAUUUGGCUGCAUCUUUAUUCAGCUAUUCUUUAUAUUAAGUUCGUUAUGGUCAAAUCAGAUGUACUAUAUGUUUGGAUUUCUCUUUCUCGUAUUCCUGAUACUUAUCAUCACAUGCUCAGAAACAACAAUCUUACUUUGCUAUUUUCAUCUAUGCGCAGAAGACUAUCAUUGGUGGUGGCGAUCAUUUCUUACCUCGGGAUUCACAGCCGUUUAUUUGUUCAUAUAUUGUUGCCACUACUUUUUCACAAAGCUCUCAAUUAAGGACAGCGCUUCAACGUUUCUCUACUUUGGCUAUACAGCUAUCAUGGUAUUCCUGUUCUUUUUGCUGACCGGCACCAUUGGCUUCUUUGCAUGCUUCUGGUUUAUACGAAAAAUCUAUAGUGUUGUCAAGGUCGAUUAGGCGCAUAAAUCAAGUAUUUAUACAAUAUGUGUGCUCGUGUGCUUUGUAUGUGUAGCCACAAUUUAUACUUAAGCCUAAUGUGUGUGAUUUCUGCGCUGUGGUUGAACAGCCAGUUUUCUGUUUAUUAUAAAGAACUUAUUAAUGUACGACUACAUAUAUAAUACAUAAUGUAUAUGUUUAUGUAUAUAAGUAUGUGAGUAUGUUGUAGUACCGAAGCGCGCAAUAAUAUUUAGUAUAAAUCAGAAGAUACGAGAGAAAAAGAGGGUGCAAAUCAAUUGUGCAAGUUACAUGUUUCCGAAACAAUUUAUAAACAAUUUUUGGCAUGUAAUUUAAUCAUUUCAAAUAAACGUCCUAUUCUCGAUAUAAACGAAAUUCGAAAAAGUAAAUAAAAAAGG